GGUAGUCCAAAGUUCUGAUGAGGAACAAGACAAAGAAACUGCUUCCUCACCUGCCAAAAAGAAGAAGAAAUCAAGACACGGGAGCACAUCUCCAGAACGCAGCAAGGAAAAACGUAAAAAGAGCAGAAAACACAGCAAGAGAGAUCGGUAG